CUGUAUCGUUCGCGCAGAGUGUUUGGUUCGAGUGUAUUUUCAACCGCAUUUAAAAUAGAUUAUCGUAAUUGAACGGUGUAUGCCGGGUCAAGGGAGGUUAAACCAACAGGCAAGACGUACAGCUAAAAAGUAUGAGAAACGUCGAUCGUGUGAAUGUUAAAGUCCACCAAGGUACGGUGAGUGGCGUGAAGGAACAGCUUCCGAACGGCAACAUUUUCUGUGCGUUUCGGGGUAUACCGUACGCAAAGCCUCCGGUAGGGGAAUUGCGUUUCCGAGCGCCACAACCCCUAGAGCGGUUCCCUUACCCGGUGUUGGACUGUAGCGUCGAGCGCGAUGUUUGCUUCAGCAGAAAUAUGUUCACCCAGGAGGUGGAAGGUUCGGAAGAUUGUCUGCAUUUGAACGUGUACACGCCGGCCAUGGAUAAGCGUGACAAACCGCUGCCUGUGAUGGUGUUCAUCCACGGUGGUGCGUUUAUGAUAGGCAGUGGCAAUGGUGAUUGUUAUUCGCCUGAAUACUUGCUGCAAGAGGAUGUGAUAGUGGUGACGUUGAAUUAUCGGCUCGGACCACUUGGUUUUCUGCAUCUGCCCAGUCAAGGAAUCGAAGGAAACGCCGGUCUUAAGGAUCAGCUGAUGGUGUUACGCUGGGUGCAACAGAACAUUGCACACUUCAACGGUGAUCCCAACAAUGUGACGCUGUUUGGUGAAAGUGCCGGCGCUGCAUCCGUCCAUCUUCAUAUGCUUUCGCCUGUAUCGCAAAAGUACUUCCACAAAGCGAUCUGUCAGAGCGGUAUUUCGACUAUGGAAUGGGUAAUGCAGCUGGAUUCAGUAAAUCGUGCGAGAACGCUCGCCAGACAUAUAAAUGCCGACGCCAAAACGGAUGAACAGGUGUACCAGACGCUGAUGAAUGCGGACAAAGCGGAACUGAUGGGUCUCAUGAUCCAUACGCUUUCUGCCGAUGAGAAACGGCGCGGUUUGCCCAUGCCAUUCAAACCAGUCGUGGAAGAAGGACAGCAUGAUGAAAAUACGGUCGUGCCGGUACACCCGUUUGUUGCAAUGCAACAGCCCGAUCGCGUUUCUUCCAUUCCGAUCAUUUUCGGCAACAACGAUCGCGAAGGCACCAUUAUGAUGAUGGACGCAAUAAAAAAGCUUGACCUGUACGAUAACGAUAUGGCACGGAUGAUUCCGCGUACGGUUAACGUUGCACCGGGAAGUGCAGCCUGUGAGGAACUGGCCAGGGAGGUGAAGGAAUUCUACUGCGGUGCGCAAGGCGUCACAAAGGAAACCGUAAACCAGCUGGCGGAUUUAAUGACGGAUUAUCACUUUGGCAUACUGGCGAACACGUGUGUGGAACUACACGCGCGCUAUCAGCAAAACUCGCCCAUGUUCUACUACCAGUUCAGUUACGACGGUGUGCUGAACAUGUACAAAAAGCUGCUUCAACUAACCAUUCCCGGCGCUUGCCAUGCGGACGAACUGUCGUAUCUGUUCUUGAUGAGACUGGCCAAUUAUGAUGUGAAGCCGGACACGGAAGCGGGACGCGUGCGUCAGCUGAUGUGUCGGCUGUGGACCAACUUUGCAAAGUGUGGACACCCGACACCGGAUGACGAUCGGAGCAUGCCAUGCCGCUGGGAACCGGUUGACAAGGUUGCUCCGAAUUCUGCUAGUGCACCGUUUCAGCUAAAAUGUCUAGAUAUUGCUGUCGAAUCGAAAAUGAUCAUGAACCCGGCCAAGGAACGUAUCGACUUCUGGAGAAGUGUCUAUAAGCGAUGGAAUGAAGAUUUUCUCAAAGUAAAGCUCGGAUGCGCCCAUCAGCGUUUCCAGUACCGCUUCAUCCGAAUCAUCCCGUGCGCCGAGCAGACGGGCCAGCUUCCGCGCCUGUUCUGCAGCAUGACGCUGCCAUACCCACUCGUUGAACGCCGUACCACUCUGGGCGAUAGCUUUGUGGAAGUAUUGCCGGGAUGCUUCGCUGAGAUAGUGCAGAUGGACCGAAGCGCCACCGGCACUCUCGCCGAAUAUCGUCACAUUGCUCGGAUCGCCCCCGAAUCGAUCGAUGUUUUCCUGCACCCAGCGCAAACUCAUUCGUUGAUCUUUGAGACCCAUGUUGCCUUCGAUGCCGGCCGAUGGAAGGGAAAGAAACCCGAGCGGUCCAAGCCGGUAGUUGAUGCACACGACGACCGCACCCUGCUGGACGAGGAGCUGGGACCAUCGGUGAAACAUUCCAGCGGAUUGGCCGGCAGUGUUGUCAGCGCCACCGGUGGUUUAAAGCGAAGCGGUCCGACGGGCGGUUCCGCGUACGGAAUGCCCUUGAACAUGUACCAAUCGGUCCCGUUCGGUAGUGCACUCUUGAGUCCCACGACGCUGCCGGUUACGCAAAUCAACCGCAACGAAAUGGACGAAAAUUGCAGCGUUGAAGUAUCUUCCGGUCCGAUAAAUGGCGUGAUAAUUCGGCUGCCCGACAGCGAUGGUGUGUGCUACUGCUUCAGAGGAAUACCGUACGCAAUCCCACCCGUGGGAUCGUUACGUUUUCGUCCCCCAAAACCCGUUACGCGACACGCGGAGGGUGCACCACUAGACUGCACCACAGAACGGAGCGUCAGCUUAGCCAGUAGCUAUCUUCCGCCGGAACCGCAGCUCGCAUCGGAAGAUUGUUUGUACUUGAAUGUUUACACACCGAUAAACCCGAACGUGCUUGGCCGGGAUGUGCGACCGGAACCUUUACGCCCACUACCGGUAAUGGUGUGGCUACACGGCGGUGCAUUCUGUACCGGAAGUGGCGAUUCGUCUAUUUACCACCCCGAGUGGCUGGUUGCCCAGGGUGUAAUUGUCGUCACGGUGAACUACCGACUAGGGCCAGCCGGUUUCCUCUGCUUACCAUCGGUGGGAAUUUAUGGCAAUAUGGGACUGAAAGAUCAACGUUUGGCACUAGAGUGGGUGCAGACUAACAUAGGCAAGUUCGGAGGUGAUGCUGACAAUGUGACCCUGUUUGGGGAAAGUGCCGGAGGAGUUUCGGCCCAUCUGCAUUAUCUGUCCGAGGGAUCGCAGCAUCUGUUCCACAAGAUCAUAUGCCAGUCGGGUGUAGCGACUAGUUCGAUUACGUUUCAAAAACAUCCGGAAAGCAAAACCCGACGGCUAGCGGAAUUUUUUGGUUGCCCAUCGGAUGCAUCUGAUGCUGAAGUGCUGGAAACUCUCCUGAAUGCUGAACCAGAAUUGUUGGCCAAAUCGCAAAAAGAAGCUCUCACACCGUACGAGAAAACGCUCGAUUCGGUGUAUCCGUUCCGACCGGUUCUGGAGGCGCCAGAUUCGAUUGAUCCAAUAGUGACGGAAGAUGUAUUCGUAUUGCUUAAGCGAACGAACCAGCCAGCCAAACCGAUGAUACUGGGCGUGACCAGCGAGGAAGCGUUGUACAAGAUAAAUACAUUCCGCCAACAGUUGCACCGCUACACGGAGGAUACAUGUCGCUUUGUUCCCGAAUUGUUGAAUGUUCCGCUGGAGGAGCGGCCACAGGUAGCGCAACGUAUUGUAGAUUUCUACUGCGGCUCGGCUGGCGUUUGUUUGGAGCGCGAAUUUGAGCUGAGCCGUAUACUUACGGACACUUUAUAUCUGCUACCGGCCGUUCUGGCUGCCGAACUUCAGCUAACACACAGGCAAGGCAAACCAAGCGAAACUUUAAUCACCUACAUGGCGUACCGUUUUUUCGGGUACGUGCGUUGGUUUGGUUCAGUGCCCAGCAACCUUCCAAACACGAUGGUUAUCCGCAAGCUGUACGUUCCACCGACGGUUGUGCAGAAGAAUCCGCUACCACCGGUGGUAGAUCCGAACUUUAGUCCACCGGCAACCGCUUAUCAGCCUCCGGCGGAAGAUCUACCGAUCGUUGUGGAGCUGGGCAGUGUGAGCAAUGGGGACCCGCUCGUGUUUGCUGACGAUGUUGAGCUGGAGCUAGUGCCGGGGAAAAUCGUGGGCAGACGAAAGGUGCUUCCGAAUGGGUCGGAGUAUUUCUCCUACCAGGGUAUACCGUACGCUCUGCCUCCUGUGGGCGAUCUACGGUUUAAGUCACCGGUUCCGGUGGAAAAGUUCGCCGAGCAACCGCUGCAGUGUGGUGCUGAGAGGGGAAUAUGUCUCGCUGUGCUGAAUCUGCCACCGGGCCCGGACGGCGUUGAAGAUUGUCUGUAUCUGAACGUGUACACGACGAGCGCACCGAGUGAAACGCUCGGCACGCUCAAACCGGUAAUGGUUUGGAUACACGGUGGUGGAUUUUACACCGGCAGCGGCAAUUCCAACUUCUUCGGACCGGAGUAUUUGCUGCAGCACGGCGUUAUCUUGGUGACGCUGAACUAUCGGCUCGGACCGCUCGGGUUUCUCGCCCUGCCGUCGAUGGGCAUUCAUGGCAAUCAGGGUUUGAAGGAUCAACAGCUGGCGUUGCGUUGGGUGCACGAUAACAUUGCCCAGUUUGGGGGCGAUCCGUCAAACGUGACACUGUUUGGUGAAAGUGCUGGUGGUGCGUCGGUCAACUGGCACUAUCUAUGUCCGACGUCUCGGCAAUACUUCCACAAAGCCAUCUGCCAGUCGGGAUCGGUGCUCUGUCCGUGGGUUCUUCAGUAUCAGCCAGAGGGUAAAGCGCGCAAGCUGGCAUCGGUGUUGGGCUAUGCGGGAGACGAUGAUGCCGGGGUUUUAGACACGCUGUUGAGCGCGCCGGCCAAGGAUUUGGUGUCGAAUUCACCGAAAGCAUUCGACGAUACGGAGAAGUGCAUCUAUUACGUGACGCCCUUCAUUCCAUCGAUUGAGGAUGCUGCCUCGGAAGAUGCGAUUAUUCUGCAGCGUGGCGAGGAACUGCUGAAGCAACCGAACGUAACCUCCAUACCGUUAAUACACGGUGUGACCAAUGCGGAGGGAUUAGUGUUUUACGGACAUCUGCAGCAUCAGUUCGAUGAGGUUGCGAGCAAUUUGGUGAACGCACUACCGUUGGAUCUUGGCAUCCCGGCAGACUUUACGGCCGCCGUUGUCGAGGAGGUACGCCAGUUUUACUUCCAGGACAAACCAAUCGAACGGGACGAAUUCCCGCGGCUGUUGGACCUUAUGGCGGAUGUUGGAUUUUACUUUCCCGUGUUCGCAGCGGCCGAGUUGCAUUCGAGAUACCAGCAGGAGGCUCCAUUAUAUUUCUAUCGCUUUUCGUAUGAAAAUGAGCUAAAUCAGCUGCGCAAGCAGUUCAAUGUUCCGGAAGGAACGGCGGGCGCUGCCCAUGGCGAUGAGCUGUCGUAUCUGUUUAGCGGUAGCGAGUUUCCUGUCCAGGUAGAGCCUGGAUCGGGCCCCGAUCUGGCCCGUUCGUUGCUUUGCCGCUUGUGGACAAACUUUGCAAAGUUCGGCUGUCCCACACCGGAAGGUGAUGAGGUUGGAUUCCAAUGGGAACCACUACCGCCGACGGCUUCCGGCGAACCAUUUGUGCUGCGUGCCGUUGAUCUGAACGAUCAGGUGGCGAUUGUGGAGAAUCCGCUGCACGAUAGGAUACAGUUUUGGAAAUCGCUUGCGGAACGUUUCAAUCCCAACCUGCUACCGUGA